CCCCUCCCUAAAGCAUCGUGAGAGAGGUAAAUUACUAUAAAUUUUGAAAAGAGAGUGGGCAGUUUUGGUUAACUUGCACACACAAGAACCACCCACACACUCAUUCAAGAUCAAGUAGAAAUUAUAGAAGGAAUUGAGAUGGAAAUAAAGGGGGAAAUGAAGCGUUCGAAAUUCAAGAAAAUAUGUGUAUUUUGUGGGAGCAGUCCAGGAAAGAGAAGCAGUUAUAAGGAGGCAGCUGUGGAGCUUGGAAAAGAAUUGGUAUCAAGAAAUAUUGACUUGGUAUAUGGUGGAGGAAGCAUAGGUUUGAUGGGAUUGGUGUCCCAAGCAGUUUACAAUGGUGGUCGCCAUGUUCUUGGAAUAAUUCCCAGGACACUCAUGCCUAGAGAGAUUACAGGUGAAACAGUAGGAGAGGUGAAGGCAGUUGCAGAUAUGCACCAAAGGAAAGCAGAGAUGGCCAGACAUUCUGAUGCAUUUAUUGCAUUACCUGGUGGUUAUGGCACUCUUGAGGAGCUCCUUGAAGUAAUAGCGUGGGCUCAACUCGGGAUCCAUGACAAACCGGUAGGGUUGUUGAAUGUGGAUGGUUAUUAUGAUUCACUGUUAUCUUUUAUUGACAAAGCAGUAGAAGAAGGUUUCAUUAGUUCAACUGCACGUCAUAUUGUUGUAUCAGCGCCUACAGUCAAGGAACUUGUGAAGAAAAUGGAGGCAUAAGUUUCGAGAUCACUUGUUUAACAAUAAAUAAUAUGUAAUAGUUGAAAAUCCUGUCGAGAUUUUCCUUACUUUACAAGGUAAACUCGAUAAUUUAUUUUGUUUGAAUCAACUUUGAAUGUUAUUGAACUAGUUUAUGAGUAUUCAAUUAAGCCAAAAUGAAAGCAUAGAAUUGUCAAAAAAAGAAA